UUCAUCUACCGUGGAUCAUUGGAAGACCAGAAGCUUCGGUUGGGCUUAGUAGUAAACAAGGCGGUUUGAGGAUUAAAGCGUCGACUUGGUACUUGGCUGAAACACUAUAACCACGAUGGCCGCGUUACAAGAAUUGAUUCCCGUCGUCAACAAGCUCCAAGACAUUGUGACGAACACGUCCCUCACUGAUUUGGACUUGCCUCUGUUGACUGUCAUUGGUUCCCAGUCUGCAGGUAAAUCAUCGGUGUUAGAGAACAUUGUUGGAAAGGAUUUCUUGCCAAGAGGCACCGGUAUUGUUACCAGACGGCCGUUGAUCUUGCAGUUAAUCCAUUUGGAUGACGAUGAUCCAUUGUUAAGUAGAGCAGACUACGUUGCAGAUGAGCCAAGCGAACCCUCCGAGAUGACCCUUGAACAGCAUCUGAGGAGCCAAUCAAGCUCAAAUGAGAUCAACGGUAAAGCAGCAGGAAGCCCACCACCUGCUGAAUGGGGUGAAUUUUUGCACAUUCCUGGGAAAAGGUUCUACAACUUUGAUAACAUUAGAAAGGAGAUUGAAAACGAAACAUCGAGAAUUGCCGGAAAGAACAAAGGUAUAAGCAGAAUCCCGAUCAAUUUGAAAAUCUACUCUCCCAAUGUCCUGAACUUGACACUAGUAGAUUUGCCAGGUUUGACGAAAAUCCCAAUUGCGGAUCAACCAGUGGAUAUUGAGAGACAGAUUAGAAAUUUGAUCUUGGAAUACAUUUCAAAGCCAAACUCCAUUAUUCUGGCAGUGACUCCUGCCAACCAGGACUUGGUUAACUCUGAAGCUUUAAAACUCGCAAGACAAGUGGAUCCACAGGGUAAAAGAACCAUUGGUAUCUUAUCAAAAUUGGACUUGAUGGAUCAUGGUACAAAUGCCUUAGACAUUUUGACCGGUAAAGUAUAUCCCUUGAAAUUGGGUUUUAUUGGUGUUGUAAACAGAUCACAACAAGACAUCAUGUCCAGAAAGUCUUUAAAUGAUUCCCUAGCUGCAGAAAUGGAGUUUUUCAACUCACAUCCUGCGUACAAGACAAUUUCUGCAAGGUGCGGUACUGCAUAUUUAGCAAAGGUUUUGAACAAAACUUUAAUGAACCAUAUUAGAGAAAGAUUACCAGAUAUCAAGGCAAAGUUGAAUACUCUCAUGGGACAAACCGAACAGGAGUUGGCAUCCUAUGGAAAUUUGAACAUUGUUUCCAAAGAAAACAGAAGCGGUUUGAUUUUGCAGAUGAUGAACAAGUUUGCCACCAGUUUCAUGAACUCGAUCGAAGGUAACUCAAGUGAGAUCUCGACCAAGGAGCUCUGCGGUGGUGCAAGAAUAUACUAUAUUUACAAUGAAGUGUUGGGCAAUUCUCUCAUGUCAAUCAAUCCUUUGCAAAACUUAACCGUCAUUGACAUCAGGACAGCAAUAAGAAACUCCACUGGUCCGAGACCUUCUUUAUUUGUGCCUGAACUAGCUUUUGAUCUGCUGGUGAAGCCUCAAAUUCAACUACUUGAAGGACCAUCCCAUAGAUGCGUUGAGUUGGUUUACGAGGAAUUGAUGAAAAUCUGCCAUAAUUGUGGCAGCCAAGAAUUGGCAAGAUAUCCAAAAUUACAUGCUAAGUUAAUUGAGGUUGUGUCAGAUUUAUUGAGAGAAAGGUUAGGCCCAACUACAAAAUACGUUGAAAGCUUGAUUGAAAUCAAUCGUGCUUAUAUAAAUACCAAUCAUCCAAAUUUUGUUGGUGCCGCUACUGCCAUGGCAAGUGUCGUCGAAGAAAGACAAAAACAGAAGGAGCACGAGCGUGAUCACGAAAAGCAUCUUUUGUUAAAGAGAGAAGAAAGCGCAACCGCUCCUGCCAAGGUUGCCAAAGCUGCUGCUUCAACUGCUGCUGCUAAUGCUGGAAACGGUAGUGCUUCUGCAGAGUCUAAAGAGCAUUCUGCCAAAUCGAACAAUAAGCCAGAGUCAUCUGUUCUGGAUGCCAUUUCUUCUUCAUCACAUUCUUUGACUUCCGAGUCUAGACCUGAAAAGGAAAAUUUCUUGAACUUUUUCUUUGGUAAGAAGGAGGAAGUCCAAGGAAAAGUUGAGCACAAUAAAAUUGCACCAUUCAGCUACCCUACAGAGACCGAAAGUAGCAAUCUUCAAUUUCAUUUACCUAUAGAGGAUUCUAUCCAGCAUCAAAUGGAUCAAUUCCACCUGAACGAGGAGCAACUGUCUGAAAGAGAGCAGCUAGAGUGUGAGCUCAUCCGUAGGUUAAUUGCUUCCUAUUUUUCAAUCGUUAGAGAAACCAUCAGAGACCAGGUUCCUAAAGCUAUCAUGUGUUUACUUGUCAACUACACUAAAGAGAGUGUGCAAAACCAACUGGUACAAAAAUUAUAUAAAGAAUCUCUAUUUGAAGAUUUGUUGUAUGAAGAUGAAGCAUUGAUACAAGAGAGAGAGAAAUGUGAAAAGUUGUUGGACACAUAUAGACAAGCUGCAACUGUCAUCAGUGAAGUUAUGUAGAUAGUUAGACCACAUUAUAUUUAUAAAUAUGUAAAAUGACAAGACAUGUAGAAACAAAAAGACUUAUUUAAAUCUUUUUCCUUCUCUGUUUUUAUCAAACUCAAGGCUGUGCUG